CUCUAAGUGAACUUCAAUGCAUUUCUCUGACAAAAGUACGUACAAAGAACUAGAAACCUUUUGUUGAAUCAUCUACUUACUGAAGACAAUAUGGCUGAAGGAAUGACUGAUGAGCAACUCCAAACAUUUGUAGAAGAUUACAGGAAAAAGCAGUUCAAAAGAAGUGUAUCUCACAGUCACAAACAGAGAGAGAGAAAAGUGUUUGUUAACAGGAGUGUGAGCAUGGACAGGAUUAAGUACAUUGGUUUUGACAUGGACUACACCCUGGUUGCAUACAAGUCUCCUGAGAAUGAGAUGCUUGCGUUUGAUAUGGUUCUGGACAGACUCAUCUCCAUUGGUUACCCUCAGGAACUCAAGAAACUAGAGUAUGAUCCUACUUUCCCUCUCAGAGGUCUCUUUUUUGACAAAGUCCACGGCAAUCUGCUAAAAGCGGACCAGUUUGGAAAUAUCCUGUCUUGUUUCCAUGGAUUCAAGUCUUUGACUCCGAAAGAAAUACGAUCGUUCUAUCCCAACAAGUAUGUACAGCCCAUGGAUGAGAGGAUCUUUAUUUUGUACACCCUCUACAAUCUUCCCGAGGUAUACAUUCUCAGCUGCCUGGUAGACUUAUUUGACAACUACCCGGAAUAUGUGUGUGUGACCAGUGGUAGUGAGAGCUACUGUGGAGUCAAGUCUGGUGAUGUGUUCAUCUCUUACAAGAUGAUCUGGCAGGAUGUGCGAGAGGCCAUGAAUUACGUCCACAUCUAUGGUGGCUUCAAGGAGAGAGUCCUGGCCAACUUGGAAAAGUAUGUGCAUAAGGACCCCAGGCUUCCAGUUUUCUUAGACAAGCUAAGGCAAGGUGGAAGGAAGAUUUUUGUGGCCACCAACAGCGGAUAUAGUUACACUAAGGAAAUGAUGACUUUCUUACUGGAGGAUCCUUCCAGUGAGAAGUGUAGAAGUUGGAAGUCUUACUUUGACUACAUCAUAGUGGAUGCCAAGAAACCACUGUUCUUUGAGGAGGGCUCCAUGUUGAGGGAGGUGGAUGAGGAGACAGGCUCUCUCAGACUGGGCGUGUUCUCUGGUGCACUGCAGCCGGGGAAAGUCUACAACGGCGGUUCCUCGGAUGCUUUCUGCAAGUACACAGGGGCUCAUGGGAAAGAGAUACUUUAUGUGGGGGACCACAUCUUUGGUGAUGUCAUCAAAGCCAAGAAGGAGCAAGCUUGGAGGACUUUUCUGGUCUUGCCUGAACUCAAUGAUGAAGUGGGAGUGUGGGAGAAUUGCCAGCCGCUGUUCAACAGGCUUCAGAACUUGGUGUUCAUUCUGGCCGAGAUGUACACUCAGGCAAACGAAAAGCAAGAUGGACUCAACAGCCUGCCUGACAUAAAUUCACUUCGCAAGGCCAUAAAGGUAACUGCCCAAGAAAUGGAGGACAGUUACCCUAGUCAGCUGGGGAGCUUGCUCAGAUGUGGGUCACGUCAGACUCACUUUGGUAACCAAGCUACUAGGUUUGCUGAUUUGUACGCCUCAAGUUGCCUCAACCUCGGCAACUAUCCUGUCAACUAUCUCUUCACUGCCCCUCAUCAAUUGAUGCCUCAUGAGAGUGUAGUAAGCUCUGCGUCAGACCCAAGGGGACCCCUAUCCCCUGACCUCUCUGCCAAACUGCUGGCCAAGUCAUCACAUUUAAAAACUGAGAAACAUGCCUUGGCGAGAGGGUUGUCCAUUAUUGAGACUGAUCUUGAUGAAGUUGAUACUCGAGUUGAUACCCUGAGAGAGUUGGCACAAAGCAAGCAAUGAAGUGGCAGAACGUUAUUUUUAGGAACCGGAAUGCUAUACAUUAUACUGUUGUUGUUCUGUAAAUUUUUAUGGGGUGUAUAAUUAUAGCUGUUUGCAGUGACAUCAAACUCAUGG